AUGGAUACCACAUCAACACCUCCAGACCACGACGGCGAGAACGUCGCACCCAACCAAAUAUCUGGGGUCGGAGAAAGUUCCCCGGACCAGAUCAAGAGUGAGCCCACCAGCCCACCCCCGCCACAGCAAGCCUCCCAAACCCCAUCCAUGUCUGGUGGAGCCGGGCCCUUCUUCCGUAGUCACCGAAGGAGUCGUGUUGUUCUGGGGAGCAGGGGGGAUCUCGCGAGCGUCAACAUGACACAAGCGUUUAUGCCCUUGCCCCCCCAGCUUCCCAGUGCUAGCAACACGGCUCCGGAGGGGCUGGAGGAGAAGGAGGAGCAGAAGGAGGAGAAGGAGGAGAAGGAGACGGAGGAGAAGGGGGGGAAGAAAGAAGAGAAGAAGAAGAAGAAGGUCCGGUUCGAAUUUGACGAGCCGGAGGAGGACGUCUUCGCUGAAUGGCUCUCGGAGCUAGAAGGCCUUUAG